AUGCAGCGACUUUGUGCGUACACACUGAUCUUGGUACUGGCUCUGGCCGCCUUCUCCGAAGCUUCUUGGAAGCCCCGCUCCCAGCUACAGGAUGUACCCUCGGGUCCAGCAACCAACAGGGACCUGGAGCCUCACUGGCCAGACCAGCUGGGCCCAGCCUCUCACCACAGAAGGCAGCUGGGGCCACAGGGUCCUCCAUACCUUGUAGCAGACCUGUCCAAGAAGAAGGGACCAUGGAUGGAGGAGGAAGAAGAAGCAUAUGGAUGGAUGGACUUCGGUCGUCGCAGUGCUGAGGAAGGGGACCAGCGUUCCUAG